AUGCGCCAGAUCUACUUCGCUGCCAUGACCCGGUUGGAUCAUCACGUCGCCGAGAAAGCCAUCCUCGACUUUGCCGUUUCCAAGAACAAGCACCUGAACCUUGCCAAGGACGUUGAGGGUGUGAAGCUCGAAUUCAUCUGGGACCCAUGGCUCAACUCCACCGCCCUUUUCAGCCAAUUGGCUCGAUUCCGGGAACGUCCUGGCUCUGCAGAUUACGAGAAACUCGUCCGCGAGGAGGGCAAAGACUCGGCCGCCCUUAUUGUUGUUGGUACACCAGGUCUCUGGGCGGCUCGCCAGGGCGGUGAUCGGUACUUGGAGCUCUUCAGAGAAGGCAUCAACAACCUGAUGCCGUACCUGCAUCGUGAUUUUGAUCACUUGGUGGUGCUGCCCAAGAGCAAGUCGCAGUCGGCAUUCGAAGAGCUCUCCAACCAUGUGCUUGUCGCACCCGUGCCUAUCCCAGCGUAUGACAAGCUAUUGACGUCCCGGGCAAGAACAAUCACGCCCGAGAAGAUAGACGCCAUGAACUGGAAUCUGGACAAUUUUGAGCCGGCGGAACGAACACAUGUCAUUCAGAGCUACAAUGCAAUGCUGGUUAGCCACGACGAUGCUCUCCUUGACGAUGGGCUGCAUGCUGUAGACAUUGUGGCCGAGCGGAAACUCGACGUUAUUUUGAACGCUCACUGCAAUUCUGGAUUGGUCAGAAAUGGAUACGCAAACCAGAUUACUUGUUGCGCCCCCUACCCGUCCCUGUCAAGGGUUCAGGUCCUGCUUCUUGGACUCAGUAUUCUAGCGCUGCCUAUCCUAUUUCUGGACCGGAGACAGGACGCGUUCCCUUCCGCUCGCACGUCGCAGGUCAUGGACUCUCUGCUUGCCGCAGCCACCCUCGUCGCCAUUGCUGUUUACUGCCUGCUCGCCGACCGCACUCACCUCUUGAUCAAGCAUGAUAAGCAUUUCGACGUACCCGACUUCAUCUUGCCUGUCAUUGGUCUGGCAAUUCUCGCAGGUCUCUCCCUGCGGUCAAGACCGCCUGUUCUGUCUUCCGCAAAAGGUCUCGCGACGACUUCAUUUCUGUCCCGUGAACAAACCGACGAGUGGAAGGGCUGGAUGCAGGCGUUCAUUCUGCUGUACAACUACCACGCAGCAUCCGAGUCACUCGCGAUGUACAAGGUGCACAAGUUCCUAGUGGCGACUUACAUCUUUCUGUCCUGCUAUGGCCACACAAGCUACUUUCUUCGUACAGAGGACUUCUCAUUAAGACGGGCAACGUAUGUGCUGGUCCGGCUCAACCUUCUCAGCUGCAUUUUAGGCCUGGCGACGUCUAGCGAAUGGAUCAUCUACUCGGCGCCGCUCAUGACGUUUUGGUUCGGAGUAACAUUUGCAUCGCUGGCUUGUUUCAAAACACUCAACAACAACCCUGUCGCCUUCUUCGUCAAGAUUGUGGUCUUCGCAACCUGCACGACCUUCCUGGUCCGAAGCACACACCUCCCGGAGACGUUUUUGAGAAUUCUUAAGUCAACCAGCGGCAUUCAUUGGAACGUGGAUAUGCUGCGGUCGCAUUUCGCGUUGAAUCGUUUUGUGCCGUACUUUGGCAUACUCACAGCUGCAGCUGCACACCGGGUUUCCGUUCUUCGCCGCCGUCAGCAUGGCAUCAACGCUCGCGCGCCAUUCGAAAGAGCCAACGACGCCUUUGAUCGUGGGAUUUUGGAGAUCGCGUAUCCCGAGAGAGACGCGAUACCGGUGAAGCCGAUAAUGAUAUGCUUUGCGAUUGCCUAUCUCGUCGUAUUCAUCAUCCUAGCAUUUGCGGCGGACGUCUACCACAACAACGACUCCUACAACGCUUUUCACCCAUACACCAGUCCCUGGUUUGUCCUGUCAGCAGUUAUCACACGUAACUCCUUCAAAGCACUGCGUGAACUUCACGUUCCACUGGGUGCAACUCUUGGACGGUUGUCCCUCGAGGCGUACGUUCUUCACCACCACAUCUGGUUAGCCAGCGAUGGCGCCGGGGUGUUAAGAAUCGGGCGCCCGGGCUACCUCCCGAGGUCGCUCGAAGUAGUGAUAAUCGCAGCUAUAUUCCUCUGGGCUUGCGCUAAGAGCCACAGUGCCACCCGACGAAUUGCCUGCAGCUUGACAGGUACUGAGAACCAGGAGGAAUCUGAGGACGUCACUUUGGGUCGACCCGUUAAGGACGGUAAGAAGAGUCCUAUUCCGUGGCAGCCCGCAGUGGCAGACGACAAAGCAGCAGAGAAGGCGGCUGGGAGUGCGAAGCAGAGCGGCACAUCUGUUUCGAACGGCGCAUUGAAGCUUCGGGUUGUGGGAUUGUUGGCGGUGCUGUGGUUAGGAAACGCGAUUUACGGAACUUGA